AUCUAUUUGUGAUUUGUCGCUUGUGGUUACCGGUAGUUCUGUAUUUCCACGUGUUGAGUUAUUUAUAAGAAAUUACAAUGGCAAAUGAGUUAGAAAAGAAAAUCAUUCGUCAGAUUGAGUUCUAUUUCGGGGAUAUUAAUUUGCCAAGAGACAAAUUCUUGCUGGAAAAGGUGAAAGAAGAUGAAGGAUGGGUCUCAUUGGAAACCAUGCUGAAAUUCAACAGACUCGCUAACUUAUCAAAGGAUCUAAAAGUUAUUGCCGACGCUUUAGAAAAGUCUGAGGAAAAAGUUGUUGUGCUAAAUGAUGAUAAAACCAAAGUGAAAAGGAAUCCAGAAAAGCCACUUCCGGAUAACAAUGAUGAGCGUCUUGCAAAGCUGCGAGAAAAGUCUGCUUAUGCAAAAGGAUUUCCGUUGGAUGCAGAACUAAACGAUAUUAUCGAUUUUAUGGAUCAGUAUGGUCCGAUUGAAUCUGUUAUUCGUAGAACCCACAGCAAAGAGCACCAGUUCAAAGGAUCUUGCUUUAUUGUUUUUAAGACUAUCGAAUUAGCAAAAAAAUUUGUUGAGUUAGAUGGUGUGAAGUUUAAGGAUCUAGAUUUGAUACGAAAAAUGCAGAAUGACUAUUUUGCCGAUAAGAAAAAAAAGUACGAAGAACGGAAAAAACUCCAAAAAGAAAAGCAAAAUGCUGUUUUGAAAGAAAGUGCAGAAAAAAUCGAAUUUCCGAAUGGGGCAAUCCUCCAUUUUAGUGGCAUCCCAGAAGGACAACAAUUGACCAGAGAAGAGAUUAAGGAGAAAAUUACAGAAGCUAGUGGUUUUGACGUAGUAUACAUCGAUUUUAACAAAGGGGAUUUGGAAGGAUAUGUACGUUUUGCAAAAGAAAAUAAUGCUGCAGAAUUCUUUAAAACCCUCACAGAGGGCGAAUUACAAAUUGGCGAAAAUAAAUUAAAGGCCAGAGCUCUUGAGGGUGACGAAGAAAAAGAAUAUCUGAAGAAAACCUCAGAAGCCAUGGCGACCCAAAGGAUUAAACAGAAAAGUUAUGGUCGGAAACGGAAAGGAAACUUUGGCGGUGGUAAAAAUGCGAAACAUUCCAAAAAGCAAUAGAUCACUGCAAUUUAUUGUUAGCAUGUUUAUUAAUAACAUUUUAUUUUUGUACAAAUUUGAAAUACUGUUGUGUCAAAGAAACAUUGAUUAUGUUACAGCGCAAAUUUACUUAUCACUAUAAGUAUUAAUGGUAAUUAUCAUGUGAUUCCGUUAUUAAUGUUUAAACUUUAAUCAAUAAUUUUUUCUUUUUAAUUUUUUAGGGUCUGUUCUGUAACGACUUUAUUGCAAACAAAAAUUAAUAAAGACCUUUGAUGUACGAUUUUCCAAACAA